AUGGUUCCCACCGGUGAGAACAUUAACAGUUCCUCCUUGAUGGAAAGCUGUCCCAACUGCAGCUCCUCCGCCUACCCCAGCGUGAACGUCAUCAAAGCCGUGACAUUAGGAGUGGUACUCGGGGUGAUUAUCAUCUUCGGGAUACUUGGUAACAUCCUGGUUAUCUUGUCUGUGGUCUGCCACCGCCACCUGCGCUCCGUGACACAUUAUUUCAUUGUCAACUUGGCGGCGGCCGACUUGCUCCUGACCUCUGCCGUACUGCCCUUUUCUGCUACCUUCGAGGUGCUUGGAAGAUGGGUGUUCGGGCGCACCUUCUGCAAUGCCUGGGCCGCGUUAGACGUCCUCUGCUGCACGGCCUCCAUCCUUACAUUGUGUGUUAUCUCCGUUGACCGAUGCCUGGCCGUCACUUACCCUCUUCGCUACACAUCCAUGGCCACAGAGCGACGUGGCAUGGUCACACUGGUCUCCCUCUGGAUACUCUCGGCAGUCAUUUCGGUGGGCCCUCUGUUCGGCUGGAAGGAGCCGGACCCAGAAGACGAGACGGUGUGCCGUAUCACGGAGGAGCCCGGCUAUGCCCUGUUCUCAGCAUUCGGAUCUUUCUACAUACCUCUGGCUGUCAUCCUGUUCAUGUACUGCCGCGUGUAUGUGGUUGCAAAGAGGAAAAUGCGAGGCCUAAGCGAAGGCAAGAACAAAGAAGGGCUGGAGAGUGAAGGGGUGAUGCUGAGGAUACACCGUGGCAACGCGGCGGUGGCAGACAAACAGGACGACGCGGGUGAAGACAAAGUCAUGAGGAGCCGACGCACCAUGUUGAUGACGCUGCUGAAGAUUUCCAAAGAGAAGAAGGCAGCCAAGACCCUGGGCAUUGUUGUAGGCUGCUUUGUCCUCUGCUGGCUGCCCUUUUUCCUGGUCUUACCUAUCGGAUCUAUCUUCCCAUCCUGCAAACCCUCUGAGACUGUCUUCAAGAUAACCUUCUGGCUGGGUUACUUCAAUAGCUGCAUCAAUCCCAUCAUCUACCCAUGUUUCAGCCAGGAGUUCAAAAAGGCUUUCCAAAAUGUUAUCUGUGGUCGAUGCCUUAAAUGCAGGCAGCCACCCAAAAGCCCCAGCAGUUCCCAUUCAGUGAGUUCAGUGAUCAAGCGAGGAUCCCCUUCGACACCCCAUAAACCCUCGACUCUCUCUACCCGCUCUCACAUUACUGCCUGCUGCUGCUGCAGCUGCAGCAAUCUUUCUGUGUCCUCAUCCUCUCUUGGUCCUCCAGAUCAUGCCCAAAAUACCCGGUUCCAGAGUAAAAGCCUGCUGAAGGCAUGGUGUUUCACAAAAAGGGACACUUCGCUGCCACAGGAACGCACAGGUCAUGACACGCCAAAGAUCCUACACCUUUCGCUCGGAGUCAAAGGGGAGGUUGUAUGA